GAGACGGAGCUUGCCGUCUGGCUAAGCAGCAUCCUUCCCUCCUCCCUGCUCCUCCCCUCUAUCCUCUCGGCAUCUCUCCCACGCUCCGGCGCUCAGCCUGCAGCUCCCCGGAUCCCCCCAGAUCCUCCAGGGGAAACAAACUCCGCUCAGCUCCGCAUUUUUUUAUUUUGUUUUCUCGUUUUUUCCUGUGAGCCACUCCACUCCGCGCUGCUCGGUACUUUCCGUGUCUACCUGCGGCGGCAGCAGCAGCGGAGGUGGGCGGGUGGAGUCCUCUGACCCUCUGUCGCCCACUCGCCUUCUGCAGAGGAGGGGGGGGGGAUAUGGAUGGACUGCGCCUGCCUCCACUCAUAGAAGAGACUCUGGACUCUACAGAUGAUCCUGGUGAUCUGAAAGCCGACAGCAGCCCGAACAUGGACAACGAGAUGACAGCCAAGGAGAGAGGCAUCCUGGAGGACAACGAGAAGGAAGUGUUGGACCAGGAGGACGAGGGGGAAGAGAGGAAGCUGAGGGAGGAAGGGGAAGGGCUGGAGAAAAGGAGGAAGGAGCAGGAGCCGCUGACGGAGGAGCAGGAGCUGGAGGAGCUGAAGGCCCAGGUGCUGCAGCUGCAGCUUGAGCUGGAUGAGGCCAGGGAGACGUCCAACAAGCACCAGGAAAGUUUCCAUGAGUUGCAAGGUCUGCUGGAGGAUGAGCGCCUGGCUAGCGCCCAUCAGGCGGAGGCCUUCACUCGACAGAUCCAGAACCUGCAAGCCCAGCUGCGCUCCGUGCAGGAGGAGAUGAACAGUUUGGAGGAGGAGAAAGAGAGCGAGCUGGCCGAGGCCCAGGAGGAGCUGCGCGUGGCCCAGGAGGAGGUUCUCCUGCUUCAGCAGGCGGCGGAGGACGCAGCUGCGGAGCGGGAGAACGAUAUCGCAUCACUGCAGGAGGAGCUGUGCCGUCGGCGGGCUGAGCUGCAGCGCCUGACCGAGGAGACCCAGGAGUACGAGCUGGAGAUCACGACGCUGAGGGCAGAGAUCAGCAUGAAGAGCCAGCGCAGGGAGGCCGAGAGGAGAGAGGGUGACGUGGACCUCCUAAAGGAGGAGUGCCGUAUGCUGAGGGAGGAGUGUGAGAGCCUGAAGGAAAGCAACAGGAGGCUGACGGAGAAGCUGCAGCUGCUGCAGAGACAGAGGACAUGCUCCAGUGUCUAUCUGUCCCUCAAAGAGGAGGAUGCAGUGGAGGGUGGAGAGGAGAAGGAGGGCGAGGCUGGCUCGGGCAAGGUCAUGACCGGGAGUUACAUGACCAUGACCCAGUCUGAGAACUGUCGCCUGGUGGAUGCCUCCAUCCAGAAGAACAUCUCUUUUGAUGGGAAGUCGGUGACGCCCACAAGCUGGAACGGAGGCAUCGGGGAGAUCUUCUCACUGAGAGAGCAGCUGAAACAGGCCGAGGAGAAGGCCUCCCAGGUUCAGAGAGAGUGUGAUGGUCUGAAGAUGGAGCUGCAGGAGCUGCAGAUUCUGUACGACAGCAGUCAGAGGGAGAGGGCAGAGCUGGAGGAGGAGCUGCAGCGCUGCAAGGCCGAGCUGGAGAAGUUGUCAGGAGGAACUCAGAGAUUCAUCCAUCCGUCUGAGCACCCUGUUCUCUCCAUCCCCUUCGUAGGAAUGAUUAUAAUUGUGGCUGUGGUCUGGUGCUGGUUGUCGGAGCUGGCGUCCCAGAGAGCAAGGGGAGUGAGCUAGGUUGGAACUCCAUUGUGACUCUCUCUGCAGCCGCAGCACUGCUGCUAGCAAUGGCUGGCUUGUUGAGAGCCCUGGUCCGGUGUUGAUUGGAUGGGAGGGACGUCCGCUUCAAACCAGCCUGUGUUCUCUCUCCCUGCCACAUAAACAGACUGAACUGGAGUCCUUUCAAUACAACACACCUAAAAACAGUAUCAUAGAUAACAUGCUGAGAAGUUUGUUCUCUGGGGAGAUUGGUACUACAUGGAAACACGGACUGAGAUGGGCUCAGUCUAAGCGCUGCGACGAUGAGCUGCCCUGCAGCCCAAAUCAGGAGUAAUUCAUUAAAUAGAUGUAUGCUAAUGUUGUGUCAGUCCUUUCUGAAUAGGAUCUUCUUCUCUUUUAAUAUGUGACAGAAUUAUGGUCUUGUUUAUUAAUGUUUCCUAAUUAGAAUGUCAUUAAUUUGUAAACUUGAUUAUUUAAUUUUUCGUGUUUUUUCUUCUAUUGCUCAUAAGUGUUUCUGGUAAUAUUGAAAGUAGUUCUCCACCUGUAAAUCUUUAAGAAAGCUGGCUGUUAGCAUCACCAAUUUAUAAACUGGCAGCCAGUCAUUUCACACCGUGUGUUUUUAUCUGCUAUUUAUUUUUAAAUCACUUGUUUUUAUUGUAAAACUAAUUUAAUUUAGCUCCUCUUCUUCUUGAACUAACUCAUCUAUGCUUGCCUUAACACUUUGAAACCUAGUCCUUUAAUUUGAACUAACUUUGCAUUAUAGGUCGACAAUAAGAGUUUCUUUAAUCUUUAUCUCUUGUUUUAAAACAAUUCAGUCGUUUUCUAAAGAGACGCCGAACUACGGAAGGGCCACUGAAAAAAAAAAAAACGUUAACUGAUUUUUAUUUUAUUUUAUUUCA